GGGGCCCGCACUCCCGAUCCCUGCGGCCAGUCGGCAUAGCACCCCGGGCUAUGCUUAGCGCGCACACCCCCGGGGCCGUGCCCCUGCGUCUCCCUGUCCCCAGCCCUUUAAGAGCUGCAGCAGCGCCGUGUGGCCACACCCGCCCGCUCCUGGGUUGGGCCCGUCCCCCUCAUUAAUAUGAAGGCUGAGGCGCCGGUGACUAAUGGGUAAUGAAGCUGUCACUCUGGCACCUACUUGUUGGGUGUUCGUGCAGUGCGGGCGCGCAGAGAGCGAGCCGAGCUGCCUGCGAACCAACGCUGCUACUGCGGGAGCGCUCUAGGCGGUCCGCGCUGACAGCCCAUGCCCUGCACCUUUCGGGGCGUUGGGGAAAAGCUUCCCGGGCAGCAGAGGAGCCUCCGCCUUGUGCAUGUAAAGAGCUUCGCCGUCGAUGCUCCGAGUUGCGGCCGGUCCAUGGCUGGUUUCCUCGCCCGUCUCUGAUCAGGCACCACUCGGCUCGGAGCAGCAGGCAUGCUGGGUUCUAGCAGGCGGCACUGGGCUCCCCGCGCAGCAGCACUGAGCCUGGUGCUGCUCCUAACUCUGUGGGUGCAGGUGUCCCAAUCCACUGGCUAUUUCGAGCUGCAGCUUAACUCGGUGAAGAAUGUAAACGGAGAAUUGUUGAAUGGGGAAUGUUGUGAUGGCAUGAAAAGUCCCCAGAACCUGAACUGUACCCGGGAUGAAUGUGAUACUUAUGUGAAAGUUUGUUUAAAGGAAUAUCAGGCCAAGAUCACUCCCAUUGGACCUUGCAACUACGGAUCCGGAUCUACCCCAGUUCUCGGUGGAAAUACUUUUUAUUUGAACAGCAACAAAUAUUAUCAGGGCAAAAAUCAUGACGUGGGCAGGAUUGUUAUACCUUUUCAGUUUGCAUGGCCGAGAUCAUUCACACUAAUAAUAGAAGCUUGGGACUGGGAUAACGAAACAAAAAAUGAUGAAGAGCUGUUAAUAGAGAGAAUGUCGUACGCUGGUAUGAUCAACCCUGAGGAUCGGUGGAAGACACUACCAUUUAAGGGGCAUGUAGCUCAUUUUGAAGUGCAAAUAAGAGUGAAGUGUGAUGAGAAUUACUAUAGCACGCGGUGCAAUAAAUUUUGUGGACCUCGGAAUGACUUUGUUGGUCACUACACAUGUGACCAAUAUGGAAACAAAGCCUGCAUGGAAGGUUGGAUGGGAGAAGAAUGUAAACAAGCUGUAUGUAAACAAGGAUGUAAUUUACUCCAUGGGGGUUGCAGUGUACCUGGGGAAUGCAAGUGUCAUUAUGGUUGGCAAGGACAGUUCUGUGAUGAGUGUGUUCACUACCCAGGCUGUGCUCAUGGGAGCUGUAAAGAACCGUGGCAGUGUAAUUGUGAAACCAACUGGGGUGGUCUGCUGUGUAACAAAGAUUUAAACUACUGUGGAAAUCACCACCCAUGCUUGAAUGGCGGAACCUGUAUGAACACGGAACCAGAUGAAUAUCACUGUGCUUGCCCAGAUGGUUACUCAGGAAAGAAUUGUGAAAUUGCUGAGCAUGCUUGUGUAUCAAAUCCUUGUGCUAAUGGUGGAAGCUGCCAUGAAAUUUCAUCAGGCUUCAAAUGCCAUUGUCCAUCAGGGUGGAACGGACCAACAUGUGCUGUUGAUAUUGACGAAUGUGAGUCUAACCCUUGUGCCCGUGGAGGGACCUGUGUUGAUCGUGUUAAUGGUUUUGAGUGUAUAUGUCCACAACAGUGGAUUGGAGCAACCUGCCAGCUUGAUGCUAAUGAGUGUGAGGGGAAACCCUGUCUUAAUGCUUACUCUUGCAAAAAUCUCAUUGGUGGAUAUUACUGUGACUGCAUUCCAGGAUGGAAAGGAGUAAAUUGUCAUAUCAAUAUUAAUGACUGUCAUGGACAAUGUGAACAUGGAGGGACUUGUAAGGAUGAAGUGAAUGGUUACCAUUGCUUAUGCCUUCAUGGUUAUCUAGGAAAAAACUGUGAGAUAGAAAUAAAUGAAUGUGCAAGCAAUCCAUGUCAAAAUGGAGGACACUGUGAGGACCUGGUCAAUGGAUUCCGUUGUCUAUGUCAGCAGGGCUUUGCAGGAGCUUUCUGUGAGAUGGAUGUUGAUUUCUGUGAACCUAACCCUUGCCAGAAUGGGGCUAAAUGCUAUGAUCUAGGAGGAGAUUAUUAUUGUGCUUGCUCUGAUGACUACGAUGGAAAGAAUUGUUCUCACCUCAAGGACCACUGCAAGAACAGUUCUUGCAAAGUAAUAGACAGCUGUACUAUAGAAGUAUUCACAAAUGCUACACAGGAAGGUAUCCGUUUCAUUUCAUCUAAUGUUUGCGGGCCUCAUGGACGGUGCAUUAGUCAGCCAGGAGGGAAUUUUACUUGUGCCUGUGAGAGGGGUUUUACUGGAACGUACUGCCAUGAAAAUAUCAAUGACUGUCUUGGAAAACCUUGCAAGAAUGGCGGGACUUGCAUUGAUGAAGUAGAUUCAUUUAGGUGUUUCUGCUUAAGUGGCUGGGAAGGAGAAUUGUGUGACACAAAUUUUAACGACUGUUCCCCUAAUCCAUGUCACAAUGGAGGCCGAUGUAUUGAUUUGGUGAAUGACUUCUAUUGUGAAUGUAAAAAUGGUUGGAAAGGCAAAACUUGCCAUUCACGUGAAUAUCAGUGUGAUGCCAAUACUUGUAGCAAUGGAGGAACAUGUUAUGAUGAUGGAAACACUUUUAGAUGUUCAUGUCCUUCAGAGUGGAAAGGGAGCACUUGCAACAUUGCUAAAAACAGCAGCUGUAUUCCUAACCCUUGCAUGAAUGGGGGAACCUGUGUUGGCAGUGGCGAUUCUUUUUCUUGCAUCUGUAAAGAAGGAUGGGAAGGACGUACAUGCACACAGAAUACCAAUGACUGCAACCCCCAUCCAUGUUACAAUGGAGGCAUCUGUGUAGAUGGUGUGAAUUGGUUUCGAUGUGAAUGUGCUCCCGGGUUUGCUGGUCCUGACUGCAGAAUUAACAUUGAUGAAUGCCAGUCCUCACCUUGUGCAUAUGGUGCCACUUGCAUAGAUGAAAUAAAUGGAUACAGGUGCACCUGUCCUCCUGGAAGAGUUGGCCCGAGAUGCCAAGAGGUGAUUGGUUUUGGAAAAUCUUGCUGGCUUAAAGGAAUGUCAUUUCCUCAUGGUAGCAGAUGGGAUGAAGAAUGCAACAACUGCCACUGUUUGGAUGGACAUUUUGACUGCACCAAGGUGUGGUGUGGGAGUAAACCAUGUUUAUUACAAAAACAUCAGGAUCAUGCAAACAAUUGGUGUCCCAUUGGUCAAGAAUGCCAAGAAAUAAUGUAUAUCAAAUGUUUUCAACCUCCUUGCACCAACUGGGGAGAAUGCAGCACAUCGGAGCCUCUACCUGUCAAUAUCAAGUGUCUGCCUAGUUCUGGAUAUUUAGACAAUAAUUGUGCCAGAAUUACUUUAAUUUUUAACAGAGACAAGGUACCUCAGGGCACUACAAUUGAAAACAUUUGCUCUGAAAUUCGAUAUUUACCAGCCACUCGGACUGUUUCUAGGGACAGGACUUUGAUAGUAUUGUGUGAUCUAGCAUACUCCACAGAGAAUGCCGUGGAAGUUGCUAUUUCUUUUAUCCCACACCAAGAUGAGCAAGAUAACAGUCUAAUACAGAACGCUGCUAAUACAAUAGUAAAUGCAAUCACCAAACGGCAAAAUAGCACUGUUAUGCUGGCAGUUACUGAAGUCAAAGUAGAGACCAUAGUUGUUGGGCAUUCAUCAUCCGAUUAUCUGGUUCCAAUACUUUGUGUAGUUUUUAGUAUUGUGUGGCUGACUUGUAUAAUCAUCUGUGUGUGGUGGACUCGAAAGAGAAGAAAAGAGCGAGAGAGAAAUCGUCCACCUAGAGAGGAGAGUACCAAUAACCAAUGGGCACCUUUAAAUCCCAUAAGAAAUCCUAUAGACAAACCUUACAGUAACAAAGACAUUCGUUACGAAUGCAAAAAUUUUAUAUCUCCUCGAAAAAGAACUUGUGAUGCAGUGGAGGAGUAUGUAGAAUAUGAGGAAGAGGAGGAGGAGGAGGAGGAAAGAGAAGUCGUAGAAAUGGACAAAUUUCUCACAAACAAACUCUCAAUGCCUUUGUCAGCAAAGGCAUCUGACACGUCGGAGAGCAGUCCAGUAAAGAAAUCCCAUCAUAUAAACAAAAUGGACAACAGAUCUGUAAAAAAUGUGAAUGCAUCAAACUUUGAAGGUGGUAGAGGCUAACCUGUAUUCAGAACAUAGGCGUACUGUGCCUACACUUUAAUGGGGAGGGGGAAAUUGACAUCUCCACUUUGCAUCAAGGACUAAAAUAUCUGGAGUCAAAUGUUCAUAGUUUCUUUAUUUUGC